CACGGAUCAUCACCAUCGUCAUCAUCACAUUCACAAGAGACACAGCCAGCCAGCCCCCCUUUACACUUCCCUCUCUCUCUCUCUCUCUCUCUCUCCUCUCAGUCUUUGUGGCUUUUUGGGUCUGAAAAAAAGAAGACAAGGCUUUGAUCAAUCAUACGCUUAUUAGUAUUGCAAAAGAAGCAAAUUCAUUCAAAGCAAGAAACCCAAAAGGCAGCCACAACUUUCAACUGAAAAAGAAAAGGAAAUUCAAAGUACGACCCUCAAAGUGUCUCCCCUUGAAAGGGAAUGAACUGGUUUUGUUGAAGAAGGCAAAGGAGUUGCAGAUAAUAUAUCAGGCAAGAUGGGUUCUUUCCCGGGUCAUGCUCUGCCAGGGACGUUGUUUUUUUUAGUUGGGGUAUGGCACGUAUGGAGCUCGUUGGUGAGAUAUGUAUCCAACCCCAAGUCCUUCCGAGUUCAGGUAUGGAGUCCUGUGCCGGGUUUUGAUGGGAGGCUCAAGUAUUUGGAGCUUUAUAUUAUAGCUAUUGGUACUUUCAUUGAUAUGUGUAUCGAGCUUUUGUAUUCGACCCAUCUCAAGUUCUUUGUCAAUGGAGUCUUGAACCCUUCCCACAUGAAUGAUUUUGAGCACUCUGGAAUGCUUCUUAUGUUCUUUAUCUUUGGCGUUGUCAGUCUGCUCUCAGAGAAGACAAGAUUUCUUCCGUUGCCUGAAGGAGCUCUUUGUCUGAUUGCUGCCACAGCAUUCUGUGCAGAGUAUCUUCUGUUCUACUUUCACUCAACAACUCAUAAAGGCCUCGAGGGUUAUUACCACAUCCUCCUUGUCCUUCUAAUUGGGCUCUGCAUAUUAUCGACUGUUGCUGGAGCCCUCUUACCAACCAGCUUUCCAAUUGAUUUAUGUAGCGGUAUUGCCAUGACUCUACAAGGCCUCUGGUUUUAUCAGACUGCAUUUACUCUCUAUGGCCCCAUGAUGCCAGAUGGUUGUCAGCUUAAGGAUGAUACGAUCUCAUGUCAUUCUGUGGACAAUGAGGUCCGGGGUGAGUUGCUUGCAAACUUCCAGUUCUUUGUCCUGGUUCUUGGUGUACUUACUGCAGUUGUGGGAGGAUAUGGUUUUGUUGCUUUAAGAUUUGGGCAUUCUGAUCCAAGGAGCUUGCGUGCGGUAUAGGAUGUAUUGGUUGAAGAUCGAAAUAGGGGUUUCUAAUGCAUAUCUGCGGGAAAAGAAAAAAAAAAAACUAAUGCUUACGGGAGGGAAAAGCUCAAACAUGGAUUUGGAGUUUGAGGGUCAUCAAGUAUGUGGAUGUACAGUUCGGCAUUCAUAACAUCAAAGAUACAAAUAGAAUUUUUUGUCAAAAUAAUGUAGAGGCCUUUGUUCAAAGUCAUGUUUCUCCUAGUUUGGGCCAAAAUUGACUUGGGCAAAUUCCAUAGCUUUAAAAAGAGAUAAAUUGAGAUUGGGCCACAGAAAAUCAGGAAGGACGCAAGACAUACAAUCUCUCUCAAACAGAUUUGAUCAAGUUGAUUUCAAGUUUCUCAACAACCUUCUUGCUUUCA